UCCGUGCUCAACGUGGCGGGAGUCAACAUGAAUCCGUGAGGUAAACAAGUAGUGCUCGAGCUGUGCGCAGAUAAAUGAAGUAAAUCUUUACACGUGGAAUUUUAAAAUGAGCAGGUUACGUUCAGCGAUGCUUAAAGGCAAAAGAGCCGGACUGGAGAUGGUAGAUACGGCGAAACCAAAGAGGAAGAGGUCACACACAGCUGUUAAAGACGAGAACACCACGAAUGCCUCCUCACCGUCAACAUACCACACUUUCCAUGAUCCUACUGAUGUUGUGCUGCUGCGCUCUCAGCUCCUCAACUGGUACGACAAGGAGAAGAGAGAGCUGCCAUGGAGGACUCUGGCUGUGACCGAGUCAGACCUCAACAUCAGGACAUAUGCAGUGUGGGUUUCAGAAAUCAUGCUGCAACAGACACAAGUUGCCACGGUGAUAGAUUAUUACAUCAAAUGGAUGAAGCGCUGGCCCACGGUGAAGGAUCUGGCAGCUGCCACUCUAGAGGAAGUGAACCAGAUGUGGGCGGGUCUUGGCUACUACUCCAGAGGAAAAAGGCUGCAUGAAGGAGCUCAAAAGGUGGUGUCAGAGCUCAAGGGGCAGAUGCCUCGCACGGUCGACAGCCUGCUGAAACAGCUGCCUGGAGUGGGACGCUACACUGCUGCAGCUGUAGGCUCUAUUGCACUGGCUCAGGUUACUGGAGCCGUGGAUGGCAAUGUGAUUCGGGUGCUGUGUCGCCUGAGAGCCAUCGGAGCUGACAGCACAGGUCCUGCAGUAACAGAGGCACUUUGGAGUCUAGCCAAUACACUGGUGGACCCUGAGAGACCCGGGGACUUUAACCAAGCCAUGAUGGAGCUGGGAGCACGAGUCUGCACUCCCAAAGGACCACUCUGCAGCCAGUGUCCCGUACACUCUCACUGCCACUCUUUCCGCAAGGUUCACGUCAAACAAGAGAAAAACUCCAGGAAGCUCUUGGGGAAGCUGGACAAGAAGCCGUCCAGCCUGCCUGACAUAGAAGACUGUAUAAACAGUGGGCAUGUGUUGGGUGUUCAGAACUUCCCCAGAAAGCCGGCAAAGAAGCCUCCUCGAGUGGAGCGAACUCUGACCUGUGUGGUGAUCAGACGUGGAGAGGAGGGAGAGGACGAGUACCUGCUCACACAGAGGCCUAACAAAGGUUUGCUGGCAGGCUUGUGGGAGUUUCCAAAUCUUCUGCUGGAGGAGAAGAGCUCUGAGAUGAAACGGAAGAAGGCGCUGUGUGCUCAGAUCAGCGGGAUUCUGGGAACCCAUCUGACUGAGAGCCUCUUCCAGUAUGUGGGAGAGGUGGUUCACAUCUUCUCCCACAUUCACCAGACAUACGUGGUCCACAGUGUGUGUUUGAAGGACACUGACACACAAACACAGACUGAAAAUGCACAGUGGCUCACCAGGUCCACUCUACAGGAAGCUGCUGUGUCCACAGGAGUGAAAAAGAUUGUGAAGCUUUGCGAUUCUGUGGACAGUCAAAAAGAACAAACCUCUAAGGAUGGGAAAAGGCAGAAGCAGACCGGAACAAAGAAUGACAAGACACCACAAACCUCAACAAAAAAAAAGAGUGCCGCUAACAGUGGCAGCAGACAGCUCUCCCUCAGCUCCUUCUUCAACACAGUUAAACAGGAAUCUUGAUGUGUGUGUGUGUGUGUGUGUGUGUGUGUGUGUGUGGGUCUGUGUGGGUCUGUGUGGGUCUGUGUGUCUGUGUGGGUCUGUGUGGGUCUGUGUGUGUGUCUGUGUGCGCGAAAGUGCACAUAUGCCUUAUUGUCAAAGCAUCAGCCCUAUGUUGCCAAUUACUUUGGUAUCAUGGUCCCAUCUGUGGGAAUCAAAUACAAAGUGCCAUCAGAUAUUUUAAAACAUCUGUUUUUUUAAACUGUAAUUAAAAAUGUAUAUUGCUCCUCUGA